AUGAUACCGCACUCCAACCAGCUCAGUCUUCUCAGUCUCAACCUCAACCUCACUUUCAUUUACCCACAAAGCCCACCCGACCUUCGUUCGUCACCAAACCCAAAAAACCAACCAAAAUGGCUCCCUCUUUCAUCAAGCUUCUCCUUGCCGCCACCAGCGCCACCGUCGCCUUGGCCCUGACUCCUGUUGAGGAGCUGGCUGUGAACGUCCACGUCCCCGUUGGCCUCAUCGUCGACGUGAUCAACGCCCCGGACUACUCCAAGAUCGACAUUGGCGAGUGGGCCGGGCUCCUGGAGCAGCCCGUCGAGGCCGUUAAGGCCUGGCCCGACGAUGUCAAGGCCUACGUGCUCGCUGAGCUUUCGACCGAGGUUUCCGUCGCCAUCGCACCCCAGGAUGAGCGCCGCGAGCUCGUCGCCCGCGCCGAAACCAUCCGCGCCGUCGAGCGUCAGCUCCUCUCCGUCCACAACGCCCGUAUCCAGUCCGGCCGCAACGGCUGCUUCCAGAACGUGCCCUGCGGCAGCUGCGUCGUCGCCGCCGGGUUUGCCGGCACUUCCGGCAUCGCCGGCUGCAUCGGUGCCGCCUUCGCCGCUAUUGGUGGCACCGUCGGCACCGCCACUCCCAUCGUCGUCUCUGCCGCGAUCGAGUGCGGCGCAAAGGUUGCUGGAGUCACCACUGCGGCUAUCGGUGCUUGCCACUCUGCCCUGUAGAUUAUUGGUCAAGCGUUCUUGCAAUCAUUAGCAUGAUGUUUGCGAGUGGUUCGCCUAUGAUCUGAGUCCACGGGUUUUGGUUACCCUCGCAUCUUCGCAAUGGUUGCAAAGAGAUCGUUUCCAAAUAUUGCAUGGCUGGUACUUUUGAUGGCAGCUGGGCUCCUCGCGAGGAACGAUCUAGUAACUGGGUUUGGAAGUGAAGGUUAGGGUUAGCUGCGACAAGCCAAAGACGCAUUAAUGUUGGUGGGGUCUGCC